AUGACUAAGCUUUUCUUAGGAAUUCUCUCCUAUUUAGUGAUAAUAUCAGUUCUAUCUUAAUAAAUUCUAAGGUUAGAAAAUCUGUUCUCUAUUCUUUCUCAGACAGAGAGACUAUUUAAAUCAAAAAGAAUUAAGUGGGAGAGCAGGAGAAUUAAUUUUCAGAUUCUUAAUUUUUUGAAGUUGAAAUUUUAAUACCAGUUCCUAUAGAUUAAAUUUUAUUAUGAAUACAUCCCUUUUCUUGAUAUAUCUAAGGUCUAAAGGUUGAAAGUCUAAGUCAGACUAAUAUUUAUAUAAAAUCAAUCAUAUAUAAUCCAAAAUAAAGAUGAAUAAAGUUUAAUUCCUGUUGUUGUUUUAUUUGAAAUUUACAUCAUAUCCUCUCAAUUUUUAUUUUAUCAUUCGGCAUCUUUUCUAUUAGAACACAUCAUCUAGCUUCUCAAUAAUAAUAUUUCGAAAACCUAUUAAUUGGUCAUCACGCUAACUCUUCAUUUUUCUGUUGAAUUAUAUCUUCGACUGCGCAAUAAUUAAAGUAAAUAUAUAUUCAGAAAUCACAAAACCAUAUAUUUAAAGAAAACAAUUUUAUUUAGUAUUUCCACUGUUUAAUAUUUUUCUUAAAAUUUUUCUCUUGUAAAUAGCAUUCAAUUUUCUAAAGCAUCGUCUUUGAUUUAUAAU